AUGGCCCGAGCCGGGGCAGCGGGCGGCGGCGGGCGCGAGGAGCGGCCGCCGGAGGAGCUGUCCCUGGAGGAGGUGCUGAAGGCCUACGAGCAGCCCGUCAACGAGGAGCAGGCGUGGGCCGUGUGCUUCCAGUGCUGCCGCGGGCUCGCCGCCGAGGGCGGCCCGCCGGCGCCGCGCUGGGGCCCGGCCGGGCGCAUCCGCGACCCCGCCGACCUGCGCCUGCACAAGGACGGCGCCGUCUCGGCCCGCGGGGAGCUCGGCGUGGCCGGCUGCUGCACGCUGCGCCAGCUGCCCAGUUACCCCGACUGCGCACAACUUGCCGUGCACCUGAAGGGCCGGCAGUCAGCGCGUGCUGGGCAGGAGGCCCGGGAGGUGCCGGGAACCGAGGAGCUCCCGCUGACCUUGACGCCCUCGGCAGAAGCGCAGAUGGUGCAAUCACUGGGCUUCGCGAUCUACCGGGCGCUGGACUGGGGCCUGGGCGAGAACGAGGAGCGGGAGCUCAGCCCGGAGCUGGAGCGCCUCAUUGACCUGAUGGCCAACAGCGACUGUGAGGACAGCGGCUGCGGCACGGGGGACGAGGGCUACGGCGGCCAGGACGAGGAGGAGGAGGCGCUGGCGGAAGGGACCCUGCGGGCCGUGCGCACCUUCAGCCAGGCCAUGCGGCUCUGCGCCGCCCGCCUCACCCAGCCCCAGGAGGCCCAGGCCCACUACCAGGCGGUGUGCAGGGCCCUCUUCCUGGAGACGGUGGAGCUGAAGGCCUUCCUGGCCAAGAUCUGCGACACCAAGGAGAUGCUGACGAGGCUGAAGGACGAGGACGAGGAGCUGAGGGGCCGAUCCGCGGCGGAGCUGGACAACUUGAGGAACACCGACUGGGCUCGGCUUUGGGUCCAACUGAUGCGGGAGCUCCGGAACGGGGUCAAGCUCAAGAAGGUCCAGGAGAAGCAGUUCAACCCCCUGCCCACCGAGUUCCAGCUGACCCCCUUCGAGAUGCUGAUGCAGGACAUCCGGGCCCGCAACUACAAGCUCCGCAAGGUCAUGGUGGACGGUGACAUUCCUCCGCGGGUGAAGAAGGACGCCCACGAGCUCAUACUGGAUUUCAUCAGGUCCCGUCCGCCCCUGAGGCAGGCUUCAGAGCGGCGGUUGCGCCCCGAGCCUCAGAAGCAGAGGACGCUGCACGAGAAAAUCUUGGAGGAGAUCAAGCAGGAGCGGACGCUUCGGCCCGUCCAGCUGCGCUUCCAGAACCAGAAGGGAUUUGGCUCCUUGCCCUGCAUCCUGGACGCCUGCUCCAGCAGCAUGAAGUCGACCUCUUGCAUCAACCUCUCGGGCAUGGAGCCCAGCGCCCCGCCCCAGCGCCAACGCCAGCGGGUCCUGUUGAAAGCGCCCACGCUGGCGGAGAUGGAGGAGAUGUUUGCCUCGGAGGAGGAAGACUCCCCCGUCUCCGAGGCUGUGCCGGGCCCGCCGAUGCCCCUGAAGCGCGACCGCUCCUUCUCGGAGCAAGACCUGGCCCAGUUUCAGAGCGAGAGCGGCAGCGGCCAGCCCGGACCGGAGCACUUGGGCCCCAGCGGGUCCGAACCGCGACCCCGCUCAGGUACCGCCGGCGCUGCAUGGACCAGCGUGGAGAGCCCGGGUUCGGUCCCAGCCAGCUACCACCAGGCCCCCUGCAGCGGCAGCCCGUGCCCCCCCAAGCACAGUCUCCUCAGCUCCGUCGAUGAAAAGUCAGAGGCGGGGCCUGGUCCUGCCCCAGAUCCCAAUCUGAAGUAUUUGUGGCUGCAGGAGUUCAGCCAUCCCGUCGAGAGCCUGGCACUCACGGUGGAGGAGAUGGUCAACGUGCGCCGGGUGCUGGUGAAGGCCGAGAUGGAGAAGUUCCUGCAGAGCAAGGAGCUGUACAGCAGCCUGAAGAAGGGGAAGAUCUGCUGCUGCUGCAGAACCAAGUUCGCCCUGUUCUCCUGGCCCCCAACCUGCCUCUUCUGUAAGAGGUCCGUCUGCAGCUCCUGCAGCUUGAAGAUCAAGAUGCCGUCCAAGAAACUGGGCCACAUCCCUGUCUAUGCUCUGGGCUUCGAGAGCCUGCCGGGCUCGCUUGGCCUCCGGGCACCCGCCUUGCGCAGGAGGGAGGCUUUCCACUCCCUGCAGGGCACGAGCUGGCGCAGUGUGGAAGAGGAGUUCCCGUACAUCUAUGCUCACGGCUCCGUGCUCAAGGACGUUUGCAGCGACUGUUCCGGCUUCGUCACGGACGUCGUCAGCUCCAGCCGCAAGAGCAUGGACAUCCUGAACCGGACGCCGUGCCGCAGCCGCAAGACCCAGUCCCUGUACAUCCCGUCCAGCUAG